AUGGCGCUGCUGCGGGAUGUGUCGCUGCAGGAUCCGCGGGACCGCUUCGAGCUGCUGCAGCGCGUGGGGGCUGGGACCUAUGGCGACGUCUAUAAGGCCCGCGACACGGUCACAUCCGAACUGGCCGCAGUCAAGAUAGUCAAGCUAGACCCAGGGGACGACAUCAGCUCUCUCCAGCAGGAAAUCACUAUACUGCGUGAGUGCCACCACCCCAAUGUGGUGGCCUACAUUGGCAGCUAUCUCAGGAAUGACCGCUUGUGGAUCUGCAUGGAGUUCUGUGGAGGGGGGUCCCUGCAGGAGAUUUACCAUGCCACCGGGCCCCUGGAGGAAAGGCAGAUUGCCUACGUCUGCCGAGAGGCACUGAAGGGGCUGCACCACCUGCAUUCUCAGGGGAAGAUCCACAGAGAUAUCAAGGGAGCCAACCUUCUCCUCACCCUCCAGGGAGAUGUCAAGCUGGCUGACUUUGGGGUGUCAGGCGAGCUGACGGCAUCUGUGGCUAAGAGGAGAUCUUUCAUUGGGACUCCAUACUGGAUGGCCCCGGAGGUGGCUGCUGUGGAGCGCAAAGGUGGCUACAACGAGCUGUGUGACGUCUGGGCCCUGGGCAUCACAGCCAUUGAGCUGGGCGAGCUGCAGCCCCCUCUAUUCCACCUGCACCCCAUGAGGGCCUUGAUGCUCAUGUCCAAGAGCAGCUUCCAGCCGCCCAAGCUAAGGGACAAGACUCACUGGACCCAGAAUUUCCACCACUUCCUCAAGCUGGCCUUGACCAAGAACCCCAAGAAGAGGCCAACAGCAGAGAAGCUUCUACAGCACCCAUUCACAACGCAACAGCUCCCUCGGGCUCUCCUCACGCAGCUGUUGGACAAGGCCAAUGACCCCCACCUGGGCACCCUCUCCCCAGAAGACUGUGAUCUAGAGACUUAUGACAUGUUUCCAGACACCAUUCACUCCCGGGGUCAGCAUGGCCAGGCUGAGAGGACCCCUUCAGAGAUCCAGUUUCACCAGGUGAAAUUCGGCGCUCCACGCAGGAAGGAAACGGACCCACUAAAUGAGCCGUGGGAAGAGGAGUGGACACUGCUGGGAAAGGAGGAGCUGAGUGGGAGCCUGCUGCAGUCAGUCCAGGAGGCCCUGGAGGAAAGGAGCCUGACCAUCCGGCCAGUCCUGGAACUCCAGGAGCUGGACUCUCCAGAUGAUGCCAUAGGAACCAUCAAGCGGGCCCCGUUCUUGGGGCCAUCCCCACAUAAGCCUCCAGCUGAGGACCCUCUGUCUAGCCCCCCAGGAACCCCACCCCAGCCUCUCCCAGGCCCUGAUAGCCCCCCACCUCUCCCCACCGCCUGGGCCACUGUGAAGCACCGAGGGGAUCCUGAGAGAUCAUCUUGCCAUGGGCUCCCCCCAACCCCCAAGGUGCACAUGGGUGCCUGCUUCUCCAAGGUCUUUAAUGGCUGUCCCCUGAGGAUCCACGCUGCUGUCACCUGGAUUCACCCUGUCACCCGGGAUCAGUUCCUGGUGGUGGGGGCUGAGGAAGGCAUCUACACCCUCAACCUGCAUGAACUGCACGAGGAUACACUGGAGAAGCUGAUUUCACACCGCUGCGCCUGGCUGUACUGUGUGAAUAAUGUGCUGCUGUCACUCUCAGGUACA